AAUCCAGUUUUUAUUCGAGGAAAGGGCACGUCAGAUAAGCCCCCUGUUGGUGAGACAACAAACACCGAAAGCUGUGCACACAAUGUUGACCGCAGGAGAACAGCGCGAGUGAGCAGAGGUGGAGGGAGGGAAGGAAGGAAAGGUUAGAGUGGUGAUAUGGGGUGUGUUAAAGACAGAGAGGGGAAAGCUUGGUUAGGCUGGAGCAAGCGGAGCAGAGAGAAGAGUGAGAGGAUGAGAGAGAGAGAGAGGGAGAGAGAUGGAGAGAGAGAGAGAGAGAGAGAAGGGAGGAAUGAGGGCUCUGGUUUGAGGGUUGGCAACGUCCUUCCUUUUUGGAAAUUAGAUGUGUUGCAGAGCUGCUCUGAAAGCACUCGCUCAGUAACAUUCAGAUCUUAUCUCCACCCAAACUGUUCGAAUGCUGCUGCACGUCAGUUUCUCUCACCUCACAGUAAUAUUGACACCCAGAAAUCUAUUUUAAUUUAUUGACUCUUAACAUUCCCGUGUUGUGUUUGCGGCCGAAACUCUUCUCUUCCAUGUUUCCCACGUCACCUGAAUGCAGCAUCACUGUGGAGCUAUCAAACUGACACUUAGUGUGAUAAUAACUUAUUUUUUUAUCUUAACUGAUUUCAAGCUGCAAGUUGCUGCUUGUUCUUGUGUUAUUUCUAGUCUCAGCUCGUCACUGAGUCUCGGGAAUCAGUUUUAUCAUCAAAACAGCUAAAAUUAUAAACUAAACAUAAACUUCAGGAGUUGUAUGAGUGUACUGUUUGGGCGGCUGUGGCUCAGGAGGUACAGCUCGGCGUCCACUAAAGGUUGUUGGUUCGAUCCCUUGCUCCUCCAAUGCAAGUGCCGAAGUGCCAUUGGGCAAGACAAACCAACCCCAAAUUGCCGGCACUGUGUGAAACUAAUAUCACAAUGUGUGUUGUCGUGAGAUUAAUGUGACAGUGCAACCAUUUAGUUAAACAUGUGACAACACACAGAUUAAAAAAAAACACUCCUCCUUUCACAAACAACUCAUCUUCAAGAAAUGCAGUAAAGCAGGAAAAACCCUCUCUCCUCUUCCUGCUCUCAAACACAACAAGCUCCACCCUGUCCAGGCUCCUCCUCUGCACAGAUCUGUAAGUAUAAGGACAGCAUGGUGUGAAAGACGGGAAAUGAGUCACUCAAGUAAAGUGAACCAGAGCAGAAGGAGCAGCGAUUUGUUUUCCUCCUGAGUGCAGGCUUUGUUUCUGCUCCGAGUGAAACUCUUUGACAUUCACUGUCACGGGGGGAAAUGGCGCAGCAAGAAAAUCAACUUGACGGAAAACAGUUCUGCUGUUCGAUCUGUCUGGAUCUGCUGAAGGUUCCUGUGACUAUUCCCUGUGGACACAGCUACUGCAUGGGCUGUAUCAAUACCCACUGGACCAAUGAGGACAAGAAGGGAACCUACAGCUGCCCUCAGUGUCGACAGAGCUUCACACCGAGGCCUGUCCUGGUGAAAAACACUAUGUUGGCCUAUUUAGUGCAGGACCUGAGGAAGUCCGGACUUCAAGCCACUCCUGCUGACGGCUGCUGCUACGCCGGAGCUGAAGAUGUGGCCUGUGACGUCUGCACUGGGAGAAAACUGAAAGCCCUCAAGUCUUGUUUGGUUUGUCUGGUGUCUUAUUGUGAAAAACACCUACAGCCUCAUUACGAAGCAGCUCCGUUUGAGAAGCACAAGCUGGUGGAGCCCUCAGAGAAGCUCCAGGAGAACAUCUGCUCCCGUCACGGCGAGGUGAUGAAGAUGUUCUGCCGCACCGAUCAGCAGUGCAUCUGUUACCUCUGCCCUGUGGAUGAACACAAAGGCCACGACACAGUGUCAGCUGCAGCAGAAAGGACAGAGAGGCAGUGGGAGCUGGAGCUGAGCAGGGAGAAGAUCCAGCAGAGACUCCAGGACAGAGAGAAAGAUGUGAAGGAGCUUCAGCAGGAGGAGGAGGCCGUCAACGGCUCUGCUGACAAAGCAGUGGAGGACAGUGAGGAGAUCUUCACUGAGCUGAUCAGUCUGCUGGAGAAAAGAAGCUCUGAUGUGAGGCAGCAGAUCAGAUCCCAGCAGGAAACCAAAGUGAGUCGAGUCAGAGACCUUCAGGAGAGACUGGAGCAGGAGAUCACUGAGCUGAAGAGGAGAGACGCUGAGCUGAAGCAGCUCAUACGCACAGAGGAUCACAACCAGUUCCUGCACAGAUACUCCUCCCUGUCCCCCCUCAGAGAGUCCACACACUCGUCCAGCAUCAGCACCCGGCCUCAGAGGUUCUUUGAGGAUCUGAUGGCCACCGUGUCAAAGGUCGGAGAUCAGCUUCAGGACAUUCUGAGUGAGACACAGACAAACGAUUCACCGACAGCGAAUCCGGCCAUUGUGUUACUGUCACAACGAGAGCCCAAGACCAGAGCUGACUUCUUAAAGUAUUCACAGGAACUCACGCUGGAUCCAAACACAGCAAACACGCGUCUCUUAUUAUCGGAGGGGAACAGAAAAGCAACGUUUAUGAACAAAAAGCAGUGCUACACUUGGCACCCGGACCGAUUCGCGAUCUGGUGUCAGGUCCUGAGCAGGGAGGGUCUGACGGGACGCUGCUACUGGGAGGUGGAGUGGAGAGGAAGAGGAGUUUACGUCGCUGUCGCCUACAAGAACAUCAGCAGAGCGGGGAACUCGUGCGAAUGUGGAUUUGGACUCAACGACAAAUCCUGGACGUUAGAUUGUGACCGAUACAGUUAUAACUUUUACCACAACAAUGUCAAAACUCCUGUGUCGGGGCCGCAGGGCUCCCGAGUCGGAGUGUACCUGGACCACGGCGCCGGAGUUCUGUCCUUCUACAGCGUGUCCGCCGCCAUGACGCUCCUCCACAGAGUCCAGACCACGUUCACUCAGCCGCUCCACGCUGGACUGUGGCUUUACUACGGAGACACAGCUGAGUUCUCUGGCCUCAAAUAGACUGGAGGCCUUUUUAAAGAGAUGUCAAUUACUCUGAUCGAACUUCUUGGGUCUCCAUGUUUGUUGCUCACAGCUUGUUGACGUCUCUGCUUUGCACCUGUCAAUCAAAAUGUACUUUGACAUCCAGCAUCCGUGUUUGUUCAUGUGGCGCCGUUAUAACUGGAAAGAUUUAUUCAAGCGGAGAACUCUGGGAAUUUAACAUCAUUUUACAAUCAGCUCUUAAUAAUAAUAAUAGUUAAAAUAAUAAUAAUACAUCACAUUAACAGUAUAUAGAGGUUGUUCUAUCGUUCUUAAAGAUGCAGGUUUAAAUAUGAACAUAUGAAAUAUUAACUUUUGUCUUUUGCAGACUAAAUAUCCAUCUCUCACAAGUGCCUAACACAUCAAUUCAGACGUUUAUUGUUUUUAAAUUACGUUUCAAAUUAGUAUUAUGUCAAUCAACCCUGACCUUUGCUCUUCAUCAUUUGUUUUUUUCACAUUCUGACUUAUCAACUUUUGUUUAUCCAGCUUUAGUAUUGCAAAAUCUGGUGUUUUUCCAAAUUGUGAAAUUCUGUGCGGAUCCAGAUAAUGUUUUGGACAGUAUUUUUAGGGGGUUACAUAUUUUUUUCGGUUACAGUACGAUAACAGAUAUUCCUUUCUGCUCUGUCAGAGAAUUCAUAUUUUCCCUGUGAUUAAGGUAAAUGGUUUACAGAAAAUGUUUGUAUGUAUGUAUCUGAUCUAAAUACAUGUAUUUGCCCUAUGGUGAUGAAGUGGCCAAUCAGCCUUAGUGGAGGUUUGUGCCGUAUCUGCCCUUUAGCUGAUAUUUAGCUUUCUCAUGGUUUUGCAUUGGCACAUUUUAUGUAAAACCUAACAGCUCUGGACAUGCAAAGGUCACUUUGGUUAAAAAUGUGCAAAAGUUGGACAGAGUGAGAAUAAACUGGUCCCUGUAGAAACAUUCCUGAGUCUGUGAACUUAGUUUCACAUCGACAAGACAAAUGGUGAAAUAAACGAGGCUUCAAAACUGUUGUUCAAACAGAGAACUGGAAAUCUUUCGACCUUAUCUGUGUUUUAUUUGCCUUUAGCCUGAAAUGACUAAUUCAGCUUUUCUCAAAGGUCAAUGAAGGUAUCGAUCAACAUUUUUAGGAAAGACUGAUUCCAGUUGAUCUAUUUUUCAUUUAUCCUGACGCAUAACCCUCGAUAAGACGGCACAUUUUGUACAAACCAAUAAACCUUGUUAUGAUGAU